CUCUGGUGGGCACUUAACCAAUCACAGGCCGGCAUUACAGUUAACCCAAAAGCCAUUUUGACAGCUCUCGGAAAUUUCAUAAAUUAGUGGUGGUGCAUGGUGUUGUAACUAGGCUUAGUUAUAAAAACGUAAAUCUAAACAUAUAAUAACUCUUCUAUACACAUAAAAGAUAAUGGUAAAAGCUAGAAAUCGUAUAAACAUGAAGCCUUCUCAGAAUAUUAAAAAACGGUUAGGAACGUUUAAAAUAAAACCAAACGUAGCAGAUGCACGUCAAAAAUUAAUUCAAUCGAAACGUAAAAAUGUAAGAGAUGCAAGAGAUAUCCUUGCGAAUAUGGCAAAAAAGCAAGAUGCUAGAAACAAACUGGAAAAAAUGCGUCAAAAACGAUCUGGAGAUGUGAAAUAUAUUGGUAAUAGUAUUAUGAAAAAAACGGAUAGAAAUGGAAAAAUCUCAUUAGUAACAAACAAACCAAAAUUGAAUGAUUUAAAUGUAGCAAUACAACAGCAAUUAGGACUCUUACAAUCGAGAUCUCCCAAAAAAAUUUCCCCAAAAAGACCAAUUCCGUCUGUUAAGCAACCUUUUGUACCACCAGUUAUUCGAAAAACCAUAUUAAACGAUUAUACCUUGCCUGUACAAACUUAUCCAUUUGAUCAAUCGGAUUUAUAUCGAUGGGUCCAUCCUGAUAUUAUCCCGCAAACUUCAGAACCAAGACGAAAUUAUAACCCUUCAGAUUUACGUUUUAAUUCUAAAAGACUUGCAGGUUACGUUGACUUAGAUGCGGUUGAUGAUGAAGAAAUGCCAUUAGUUGCUCCGCUAAGAACCACACCGAUAAAAAUGAGUAUACAUUCUCGAUUAGAUACACUCCCGGCACCACAACAAUCUCACGGAGUCCUUGCCAGUGGAAUAAAAACGAAAGUUGUUAUACCUGUUGGACAUAGAAUUGUCGUUUCUAAUUUGCAAGGUGGUGUAACUGAAGAUGAUAUAAGAGAAUUGUUUGAGGAUAUUGGCGAAUUAUUAGUUGCAAGAUUAGUAAGACCUGGAACGGCGGAAGUGAUUUAUAAAGAUUUGAAGGAUGCACAAAAAGCUGUGGAAACUUAUCACAACCGACAAUUGGAUGGACAACCUAUGAAGUGUUUAUUGGUUAAUAAAAGGCCAAUUAAUAAUCCUACGGCACCAGCCAUUGCACCCGUUGGAUCGGUGUCAAGAAAAUCAACAAUUUCUGAUUCAAAUAAACUCGUUCCUGAUUUAUCUACGAUACAUAAAGUUCUUUUUCAACGUGAUUAGAAUGUAAUUAUCGAUAAAUUUGAAGAAAAAUCAUGAAAAGGUGGUACUUAGAUCCUUCAAUAUAAUUAAUUUGUCAUUAUAUUUAAUGUGUUUGUCAAAAUAAGUCUUUAUAACGAUAAUAUUAGCGUUUAAAAACAAUAAAAUAGAAAGUUAAAUGAAA